UGGCGCAUGCGUCGUUGUAUUGUGCAUCAAGGGUGACUGCAGAUCACACUGCUCAUUUGGGGUCGAGAUCAGGCACCCGCCCCAAACAGACCUACGGGAAUCAUGGGUAGUGUGUUCCUGCCAGCGGAUGCGGCCCACUCAGUGCUGAGACGCCUGCCCAGGGCAAACAACAUGCUGGAGGAGAUGAAACAGGGCAACAUCCAGAGAGAGUGCCGGGAGGAGAUCUGCACGUAUGAGGAGGCCAGGGAGGCAUUUGAGAACGAUGAGAAAACGAGACGUUUUUGGGAGGAAUACGUCCGUGAGAGCAGUCCUAGCAGGGGGCUGGAGGCUGUCAUGGGCGGAGUAAACCCCCUCUACCUGAUCCUGCCCCUCGUACUGCUUUUCCUGCUCAUUGCCGCCGUGGUCGUCACCGUGUGGAGGUGCCACUCUCGCAAGCACUCUGAGCGCAGCCCCGCCAUGGGCUGCCCUCACCGGGAGCCUGGCCUGUCUGUGGUCUCCAUGGACCAGUGGGGGAGGGACUACCACCCAGAGCACCUGGAGCUCAGCGUCCACAGCAGCCCAGCCUACCCAGGCUCCGAGCUCACACCAGGCAGAGGAAGCGCGGCAGACCCCCCGCCAUCUUACGAGGAGGUGGUGGGCCAUACCGACGUCCAUGUAGAGACAGAGCCCCCCCCUCAGUACGAGGACAUAGUCAAUAGUGCUGUUGUAGGCCAUGGGAAGUGACCCCCCCCCCCCCCUUUUGCCAUUGCACUGAUUUGACCCAAGAGACUCCAGCCCUCCCUUGUCUGCACCUUCAACAGCAAUACUAUCCUCAGCUCACCCCCUCACUGCAGUUUUUUUUUUAUUGUUACAACACUAACAGAGUUUUGCUGGAGACGGUGUUGUCUAAGCUUGCACUAAUUUCUCACCAGGGUUGAGUGACAGUGGAGACAAACGCCAAUGAUAUCGCAAUACCAAAAUGCACUGAAACAGAUCUACAUCCUGUGGCUUCCCUACUAGCAUUCUGUACUAUAACAAGAGGUUGUUUUCUUACAUAUGAAUGGCGCAUGGUCAAAGUGGUUUCUGUUUUCCAUAUUUGUAAAAGGAAACACGUUCUAUUUAUAUAGAAUUAUUUUUGUAAUGUUUGGUGGAAAUGUAAAAACAAACAGUUUAGUCUUGCCUAAUAUUAGAUUGUUGUCAUGAUAUGAAACAUUUUAUGUAUACAUGGACUUAUUUAACUAUUGCAGAUGGUCAAAAUAUGUCUUCUUUCAUCUUGUGUGUGAUGACAGCAGAGGUUGACGAGGAUAGUAAAUUAAGCGAUCUACUGUAGGGUCCAAAAGUCUUGGGUUGAAUGGAAGACUGAGAAAGCCAAGCCUUCUGUGACAUCACAAGAUGCUCUUUGGAACAAAUUGUCAAGUCACAUUGUGCUUAUACAUUAUUUUUUACAUUGUUAUUAAAGCAAAAAGGGGACAUCAAUACUAGUACAGAAUAACUGUACUGAAUUCAAAAAGGUUUCUGACUUUUGGACCUUACUGUAUGUGAGCACCUUAAGUUACCGAAGCAAAGUAAUGAGGCAGGGCCGAACCCCAUUGGCUUCAUGGGGAAAAUACAGUAUUAAAUGUCACUGUACAGAGAUGUAUGUAUAUACAUUUUAUUAAGGUGAGUGUGCUGAGAUUUUAUCAAGAGGCUUUUUUAGUGAUUGCAUUGCUUUUAUUGUAGCGAAUGUGUGGUGAAUGAAGGCACUUUCUGGUCAGGUGUAAACCAAGCCUUUUUCUUUUUUUUUUUUUUUU